AUGACUAAAUUGGGGUUUGAUCGGAAGUGGAUAAAUAUUUUGUAUGAGUCUAGCAGCACAGUGAGGUACCAUAUUUUGCAUGAAAACCAGCAGCUCGGUCCAGUUGUGCCGGGUAGGGGACUGCGCCAAGGGGAUCCUCUAUCCCCGUAUCUCUCUCUUUUGGUUGUCGAAGGAUUGAGUGCCCUUAUUGAGAAGCAAGUGAGUUCUGGUUUGUUGCAUGGGGUCACUGUUGCACGUGUAGCCCCACAGAUUUCACAUCUUCUAUUUGCAGACGAUUGCUUUCUAUUCAUGUGUCCCAAUAAUGCGGAGAGUUUUCGUAUGAAAUGGGUGCUUGAUGCGUACUCGGCUGCUUUAGGCCAAAGUACUAAUUUUGAUAAGUACAUUGUCUGUUUUAGUUCAAAUGUCAUGCAACAAGUGAGGGAUGACGUGGUUGGUGUUCUGGGUGUUGCUGAAGGAGAUACUACAGGAAGGUACUUGGGCCUCCCGUCACUAGUUAGAAAAAACAAGAAAGUGAUCCUGGGCUUUUUAAAGGACAAAGUUUUAGCCAAGGUUCGUAGUUGGAAUGCAAGGUUCCUGUCUCGUGCAGGUAGGGAGGUUCUUUUGAUAAUAGUACGUGAUCCAAGCUAUGCCAUCAUAUGCAAUGAUGGUAUUUUACUCCCGGUUGGUUUGUGCAAGGAGAUUGAAAUCAUUAUGAACGAGUACUGGUAG